AUGGCCCUGGAUGCACGGACAAUUGACGAGCUUGUGAGGCUCAAUGCUGAGCGCAACAAGGACCAUGUGGCAGUGAUCGAGUCGCCUGCAGGUGAUCAAGAUCCUCAGUCAUACACGUCCAAGCAAAUCGAUGACUUUGCAUUUCAUGUUGCAUGUGUUUAUUCUGAAAGAUACAAUUUGCGACCUCGGACCUCAUCUCGUCAAGAGCCUAAAGUUGUAGCUUUGUGCGGUAUCGGGGAUUUUGAGUAUCUCAUCACUGCACUCGCUAUCGCCAAGCUUGGUCAUACUACUUUGUUUCUGUCUCCAAGACUGCCUCUUGAGAGCUGUGCUGGACUUCUAAAAGUCUCGAAUACCGCUCUGCUUCUCGUUCAACAAGCCCAGCAACGUUUGGCGGAUUAUCUAAACAGCGAUUCUCCUGAUGUUGCAACUGGAGCUGUUGUGCCGAUCACUCACGGCUGCAGCUCAGAGAGCGAGCCAAGCACCAAUUUGACUGCAACUCUCGAUAUUGAAGCGGAGAGAAACACGGCAGUCUGGAUCCUCCACUCAAGUGGCUCGACUGGUCUUCCCAAGCUGGUUCAAGUUCCCAACGGCGCUGCACUGCAUCGCUAUACGGCAAAUCUCGGUAGUCUUGGACUCGACACGCUUACUACUGUACCACUCUAUCACGCAUUCGGAAUGAGCAGCUUCUUUCGUUGCUUCAUAAGCCAAAAGACCAUCCAGCUUUACUCGAGACUCCCCAUUACGACCAGUUGUCUCUUGCAAGUUACACAUAAUCGGACUUUCGGACUGUUUUCUGCUGUGCCCUUCACUAUCAAGCUGUUAGCAGAGUCAGAAGAGGGUAUGCGCUUUCUGCGUGGCUUCAAUGUUAUUACGACCGGUGGAUCACCAAUGCCGGAAGAUCUUGGCAAUGAGUUGGUCCGACAAGGGGUUCGGUUGGUGAGCGUCUAUGGAUCAUCAGAGACCGGUACACUCCUGACUUCGCUGCGCCCAGCUGGUGACCAUGAAUGGAGUUGGCUACGAGUCCCUGAGGAAGACGGCCAUCUUCUCCGGUUUGAACACCGAGGAUCUGGCACUUACGAGCUGAUCUGCACCAAGGAAUGGUCGAUGCUGGCGGAUUCAAACCAGGAAGACGGUUCAUGGAGAACUAAGGACUUGUUUACCAAGCAUCCAGCCAUUCCUGGUGCAUUCAAGUACGUCGGAAGAUUGGAUGAUAUCUUGGUGCUUGAGAAUGGUGAAAAGUUCAAUCCAAUCUCUGUCGAGAGUGAAAUCUCAAGCUCCCCGCUAAUAGAUGGAUGCAUCAUCUUUGGUACAGGGAAGCCAGCAGCCGGUAUCGCUGUGAUCCCUUGCGAGGUAGCAGACCACCUGACCAAGGACGAGUUCCGGCUCUUACUGAGGCGCACUAUCGAUAAGGCUCAGGCCUCGUUACCCAUGUAUGGCCGAAUCACGGAGGACAUGGUUCUUUUGUUACCUAAAGACUCAGUUGCUCCCCGGACGGACAAAGGAACCAUUAUACGGAGCAAGUUCCUAAAGGCCUAUGAACAGCAGAUCCAGGCCAUUUAUGAGAGACAGGAUGCGGCUGUUGAGUCCAGACAGUACACAAAAGAUGAGUUGUUCAAGUUCUUGUCAGAGCAGCUCAUAAGAGUUUUACACUUGUCUCCAGGGGUGGAACCCGGCCACAACCAAGACUUCUCAACUUUUGGUCUGGACUCUUUGCGAGCGAUGCAGCUUCGCAGCGCCAUAAUGAAGCACGUUGACCUCGCUGGAAACAAACUUGUUAUCAACGUGGUAUUCGACUUUCCAACAAUUGAAUCACUGGCCCUGGAGAUAUCGAGGGUUAGCUCUGGUGCAGAGGCCACCAGUCUUGACGCCAAGGACGAACAGGACGCGGCAAAUAUGCUACAGCGAUAUGCGAACUUCAGCCCCCAAACAAGAGAACCACGCAGCGGACGCAACCUGAGCCAAAAUAUUGUCCUGACCGGAGCGACUGGCUCCCUUGGGGCACAUCUACUGGACAAGCUGGCCCUCUCUUCAUCUGUCCACACUGUAUACUGUCUCGUAAGAGCAGCUUCCAAUGCUGAUGCGCAGCAGCGAGUCGAGAAAUCACUGGAAGAGAGAAACUUGAGAGCAAACUUUCCAGAAGAGCUGCCGCAAAAGAUAACUUGCUUGGCGUCUGAUCUCUCAGAUAUAUACUUGGGUCUCGGAGAGAACGUAUUUCGCUCCAUCGCUAGAGACGUUGAUACAGUCUAUCACUGUGGAUGGACCGUCAACUUCAAUCAGCGUUUAAGCACAUUCGAGAACUCAUGUAUAGCAGGCGUUCGCCAUCUGAUAGAUCUCUGUUUGGCCGACUCCGGUUCAGACGCACCGCGUUUCGUCAUGUUUAGUUCCAUUGGCACGAUCAUGGGUACUUCAGAAGACGUCAUCCCUGAGAGACUGCCAAAGUCUCUUGCAGAAGCAAACCGGACUGGAUACUCGCGCUCCAAGUGUGUCGCAGAGCAAAUCUGUGCCAAAGCUGCCGCUGAGGCUGGUCUUCCAGUAGCCAUCGUCAGAAUUGGUCAGAUUGUUGGCGAUACUAUCAAUGGCGUCUGGAAUACAUCUGAGGCGGUGCCAUUGAUGAUCAGAUCAGCUCAAACGAUCGGAGCACUGCCGACUUUACAAGAGCGAGUCCGAUGGCUGCCUGUCGAUGAUGUGGCACAGAUUGUUAUCGAGAUUGGAUCAAGCGAUGCUAUAGUAGCAAACGAGGCCUCUGUCUUCAACAUCGUGAAUCCUCAUACUCUCAAGUGGACAGAAGACUUGCUCCCUCUGCUGAACCAGAAUGGUCUGGCCUUCCAAGCCGUUCCACCUUCCGAGUGGCUCAAACGACUUGAAGAGUCUGCUCUUGACCCCAAGGGAAAUCCGCCGAGAAAGUUGCUUGAGUACUUUAGAAGGCAAUGCCAGCACCAGGGUAGUGAUGAUCGCGAGUGGGAGACAAGUAGGGCAGAAAAAUGCUCCCCGACCUUCAAUAGGUCGCGUGCACCGAGUCCGCAGUUGAUUUCGGUCAUACUUGACUAUUUCACAAGGUCCUGGAAGAUGUAG